CAGAACCAGUCCGGACAGCAGACAUGUCAGACGUGUAUUCUUACCCGCUGCUCGUCGAGCUGGAGGAAAACAACUUCCCCAAAAUCCAGAUGAAGCUGCUGAAGUACUUCAACAGCAAGAAGUCCGGCGGCGGAGACUGCGAGGUGGACUACGAGAGAGACAGCAGGACGGCGGUGCUGCGGUUCCGCACCGAGCAAGACCAGAAAAAUGUGCUGGGGAAAGAGUCGCACCAGAUCCAGUUGGGCUCAGCUGUUCUGAAGAUGAAAGUUCGGUUCCCUCCAGAUGAGAAGACUGCAGCAGUACCAGCACCACAGGAAGUUCCAUCGGAUAACGUCAACAAGACAUCUGAAGUUCAGGCGGAGGCCAAAGGCAGAGACGAUGUAGCAGCAGAGGAAACGCUGUGCUCCACCUCGGCUGUUUUAGGGAAUGUUCCUGAGGACAUGGGCCAGGAGCUUUUGGAGAUGCUGGUGGAGAACAUUAUAAAGGGAUCAAAAUCCCCAACUGCCCUGUUCACGUUGGAAAUCAUUCAUGGCAUCUCCUCCGUUGUGGUUACUUUCGAGAGUGGAAAAGAAAGCACCAACUUUGUGGCAAGAUGCCCUCAAAACAGGAUCUUCACAAGCAAGGGAUUGUCAGUCCGGCCUCUUGAACUCACUAAGCAAGUUGCAGUCGAAGACACCCUAAAGCUCGAGAAAGAAUACCUCAACCUGUAUUUUGAGAAUGCAGGUGAGGAUGUGGAAAGUGUUCUGCUUAAUGAAGGGGAACAGUUUAUCGUCACCUUCAAAGACAGUCAAGCUGUUCAGAAAGUCGUGAAGAAGAAGCAUCACAUCCAACAGGAAGAGUUCAGAGUUUAUCCUUUCUAUUCAUCUUUGGGAGCAGCCCUCUAUGGCAAAGACAGGCCCUGCUUAAAUCUCCCCGCUGCCAUAUCUGAACCCACUGACAAUGCUGUGUGGAGAUACCUAAAUGAGCAUAAAUCAGCAUUAGAGACCAUUCACAGUGACUUAGCUAAAAACUUCUGUAGUGUAAAACACGAAGGAUCUGCUGUGAUCCUGAGACCCGUACCUUCAAUUCUUGGCCAAAAAGAUGCCAAAGCCAUCAUUAAAGAGUGGAAGAGUACCGUGGGGUUAGCCUUUGCACAAGCUAUGUCUAAAUUCAAAUCCCUGAAGUUUCAGCCGGAUUCAGAGGUAUUGGAAGAGUGUGUGGAGAAUAUCGGACAAAUGCUACAGAACAAGGAUGUGACUUUAGUGCAUGAUAAAGCCAGGGGCGUCUUGUCAGUGGUUGGCUUUGUGGAUGAGGUCAAUAAAAUGGAGCAAAGUCUUCGUAAAACCAUCAACAAAAUUGAGGGAAGGGUGCAGAGGGAGAAAGCGACGAAGACCGAUGUCAUCAAAGUGUCACCAUCAAUAUUCCAAUUACUGCGUCAAGAUGGUCUUCUGGACAAAUUGCAACGUUUAUACCCAGAUCUUAAAAUGUCAUUCCCAGAAGACAGUCCAGAUUUGAUUGUAACUGGUUUAAGAGAUGAGAUUUUGGAAGCAGACAAAGUGAUUCGUGAAGCAAAAUAUUCAUUAAAACGAAUGAAAUUAGAAAUGGAGAAAUCUGUGCUUGACUGGCUGAUGUUGGAAGAGCAAGAUGAGCUUACAAAGGCCAUGCUGAUAUCUGACGGAAUAAGUGCAGCAUUUGAGAUCAGUGAACAGAGAGUGGAGCUCCUUGCUUUUUCUGACAGAGAUCUGUCCAAAGCUGAAGAUCAUUUGAGAAAGCUUUUGAUGUCUCAGAACAUCGGUGUAGAAGAUAGCAGUGUCCUGGAGACUCCGGCGUGGCAGGAUCUGGUCAGACAAUUACAAGAUGCCAACAGCAAGUCAUGCAGGAGACUCCAGAUCCUCUGCACUGGUAAACAAGUUGUUGUGAGUGGCCACAAGAGUGAUGUCACGAGAGUCAGCGAUGAGCUUGAAUACUUCUUAACGCAGAAUGCCAAAGUUGAAGAAAGUGUUGAUGUCAAGUCCAAUACCAUCAUUGAGUACAUUAAAAAAUGCAAAACAUCUUUUAUGGACCAAUUCAAAGACAAAGUGACGGUGUCUUUCAGAAACGAGGCCAUCUGUCUCAAUGGCUCCAGAGUUGAUGUCACACAUUGCAAGACCUUAGUUGAAAACUUGGUCCAGUCUUUGAGCUUUGAAAGUGUAAACAUCACCAAACCUGGGGUGAAGAAGUUCUUCCAGGAUAAAGAAACUAUGUACGUGACCUCAUUGUUAACCGACACUGGCUGCUUGGUCCAACUAGUUGAUGAGACAGGUGGUGGGCAGAAUGAUUUGGCCCAAAGCCCGGGUCCAAAACCAGUAUAUCAGUUUCAGACAUCUGAUGGUGUAGAAAUAGCUGUUUGCAAGGCAGAUCUGUGCAGUUACCCAGUGGACGCAGUUGUCAAUUCUUCUAAUCAGCAGCUGCAACACAACGGGGGUCUUGGCGCAGCACUGUUGAAUGCUGCUGGACCUCAGUUGCAGGUUGAAUGCGACAAAAUAAUUAACCUGAGAGGGCCGCUCAAGCCUGGAGACUGUGUCAUUACUGAUGCUGGAGGACGGCUUCGUUGCAAAAGAAUUAUCCAUGCAUUUGGACCCGUCUUUGAUCCAUCUGCACACAAUAAGUCUCAGGCACAGUUGAAAAGAGCUGUUAAAGGAAGCCUGGAUCUUGCUGAAAGGCAUGGCUGCAUCACUGUGGCUCUGCCCACCAUCAGCAGAACCCAGGGCUUUCGUCUUGAUUUGUGUGCGCUGACCAUCAUCAAGGCAGUGAAGGAACACUGUGAUGAGAAGUAUAAUGACACCACACUGAAGGAGAUCCAUUUGGUGAACAAUGACGACGCUGCUGUUCAGGCUAUGGAGAGAGCUGUCAAAAGCGAAUUUGGAAAUGGUGGAGUCACUCUUCAAGCUGCGUCUCCACGUCUGACGCAGGCUAGAUCUACCCAAUCUGACCCAAACUGCUUGGGUCAAGUGACAACCAUAGAGGGCUUGAAUAUCACUCUUACUCAAGGAAACAUCGAGGAUGCCACGACUGAGGUGAUUGUGAACACUACGUCUGAAGAUCUUGAACUGAAAAAAGGAGCAGUUUCAAAUGCAAUACUGCUAGCGGCCGGACCCAAACUUCAGCAGUUGAUAAAUGCCCAGGAGGCCAGAGGAAGUUUUGGUGAGGUCAUUGUGACGGACGGCUGCCGACUGAAGAGCAAGAAAGUCUAUCAUGCAAUUGCACCUCAAUGGGGCAAGGGACAAGGCGGAACUGAAAGGAUCUUGAGUGCCAUUUUCAAGGAUUGCUUGGACAAGGCAGAGGACACUGGCCUGACCUCCAUUGCUUUACCUGCUGUCGGCACUGGAAACCUUGGUUUCCCAAGAGACCUUGUCGCCUCUUCGAUGUUGAGUGAAAUCUCAGCGUUUAGCAUGAAAAAACCUAAGCAACUGAAGGAGGUUGUCAUUGUUCUUUAUCCAGGCGAUGCAAAGACUAUCCAGGCCUUUAGGGAUGGAUUUGACAAGGAGUUUCCCAGUUCCUCAGGUGGUCCAGCACCCACAGGUUCCCCACAAAACACCGUGCAACAAGGUCCCUUCUCAAACGUUAUCUCGAGCACAGGAAUGCAUGAGACAAAAAUGGGCGGCGUCACCAUUCAGGUGGUCUCAGGAGACAUAACCAAGGAGACCAGUGAGGUCAUUGUCAACUCCUCCAAUGACAGCUUUUCUCUCAAGUCAGGAGUAUCCAAGGCUAUUCUAGAAGCAGCUGGUCAGGCUGUUAUAGGAGAGUGCAAACUCCUUGGUGCCCUGCCCAACCAGGACAUGAUAAUGACCAGUCAAGGUAACCUAAGUUGUAAGAAAAUCCUCCACGUGAUCGGACAGACCGACCCAGGAAAAAUCAGAGCGGUUGUUAAAAGUGCACUUGAGAUGUGUGUGAAAAACGGCUACGCCUCUGUCUCAUUACCUGCCAUUGGCACAGGUCAAGGCAAUGUGCAGGUAAGGCAGGUGGCAGAUGCCAUGUUUGACGCGGUGAUCGAUGUGUUGAGCAAAAACACUCAUGGCUCCCUGAAGACUAUUCGGAUUGUUAUUUUCCAAGCACCGAUGCUGAACGAGUUCCAGAGCAGUAUGCAACAAAGAGCACAAAGCGCUGCCAGUAAAUCCAGUGAUAAGGAUGGUGGGUGGUGGAAAAGAUUCACAUCAUUCCUUGUGGGUGGAACUGCUGACAAGCCCCGUAAAGAAGAAAACUUUGUCAUCAAGCCAGUGGCCUGCGACCCGGCUUGCUUCCACAUCUGCGGAGACACACAGGCUAAAGUGGCCUCGGCCAAGCAGUGGAUAAAUAAUCUGAUAACCAAAGAUCAAAGCACGAACACCAUUAAAGACACCGCCAUCCUCAGCUUUUCCGAUGCAGACCACCAGCAGAUUAUUAACAUCCAGAAGGCCGUGGGCGUGAGCAUCAUGAUCGAAGGAAAGAAGGAUCAAGUCGAAUUAACCAUUGAGGGAUUCGACAAUGGCGUACUUAAAGCCACCGCAGAGAUUUAUACAAUGAUGAAAAAGGUGAAGGAUGAGGAGGAGCUGAAGAGAUACAUGGACAUAGUAAGCAAAGUUGCAGACUGGCAGUACCAACAGCAAGGGCUCCACUAUCAAAGCUUUGAUCAAAAAACAAACGUCCACCUAGAGCAAGCAAUGCAACAGAAGUUGAAAGAUGUAAAAGUCAAUAUCCAAGGUCAAGACUUCACCGUCAAUCUGCCAAACGGACCGGCCACCAACAAAAAGGGAGACGCAUUGCAGAUAAGGAGAAUUGACAAACUCAAAGAUGCAGGACCUGCGCACUGGGAUGCUAUGCCUCCCAACACUACGUGUGUGGCUGUCCCCAUCCAUGCUGGAACACCAGAGCACACUGAAGUCCUGAAUCUGUUCCAGGCCUCGUGCAAACAAACAGUCAUCAAGAUUGAGAGGAUCCAGAACCCUAUGUUGUGGAAGAGCAUACAGAUCAAGAAGCGUGACAUUGAGCAGCGAAACGGUCAUGCAAACAACGAGAGGCGUCUGUUCCACGGCACCACUGAGACCUUAGUGAACACGAUUAAUGAAAAUGGCUUCAACAGGGUUUACGCAGGAAAGAACGCUGCUUAUUAUGGCAACGGCACGUACUUUGCUGUCAGGGCCGACUACUCUGCCCACGACACAUACUCCAAGCCGAAUCCGAAAGGGGAGAAGUGCAUGUACCUCUGCCAAGUGCUGACCGGGGAGUACGCGCUUGGACAACAAGGCAUGAUCGAACCGCCAGUCAAGAGCAACAAGGCCCCUCAGUUGUACGACAGUGUCGUGGACCGCAUGGCUAAUCCCAACAUGUUCAUCAUCUUCCAUGACGUCCAGGCUUAUCCUGAAUAUUUGAUCACAUUCAAAAACAAAACAGAAAGUAACUCGAGCGCAGCGGCAGAACCAGUCCGGACAGCAGACAUGUCCGACGUGUAUUCUUACCCGCUGCUCGUCGAGCUGGAAGAAAACAACUUCCCCAAAAUCAAAAUCAAGCUGCUGAAGUACUUCAACAGCAAGAAGUCCGGCGGCGGAGACUGCGAGGUGGACUACGAGAGAGACAGCAGGACGGCGGUGCUGCGGUUCCGCACCGAGCAAGACCAGAAAAAUGUGCUGGGGAAAGAGUCGCACCAGAUCCAGUUGGAUACAGCUGUUCUGAAGAUGACAGUUCGAAUCCCUCCAGAUGAGAAGACUGCAGCAGUACCAGCACCACAGGAAGUUCCAUCGGAUAACGUCAACAAGACAUCUGAAGUUCAGGCGGAGACUAAAGGCAGAGACGAUGUAGCAGCAGAGGAAACGCUGUGCUCCACCUCGGCUGUUUUAGGGAAUGUUCCUGAGGAAAUGAGCCAGGAGGUUUUGGAGAUGCUGGUGGAGAACAUUAUAAAGGGAUCGAAAUUCCCAUCUGCCUCGUUCACGUUGGAAAUCAUUCAUGGCAUCUCCUCCGUAGUGGUUACUUUGGAGAGUGGAAAAGAAAUCACAGACUUUGUGGCAAGAUGCCCUCAAAACAGGAUGUUCACAAGCAAGGGAUUGUCAGUCCGGCCUCUUGAAGUCACUAAGCAAGUUGCAAUCGAAGACACCCAAAAGUUCGAUAAAGAUUUCCUCCACCUGUAUUUCGAGAAUGCAGGUGAGGAUGUGGAAAGUGUUCUGCUUAAUGAAGGAGAACAGUUUAUCGUCACCUUCAAAGACAGUCAAGCUGCUCAGAAAGUCGUGAAGGAGAAGCAACACAGCAAGCAGGAAGAGUUCAGAGUUUAUCCUUUCUAUUCAUCUUUGGGAGCAGCCCUCUAUGGCAAAGACAGGCCCUGCUUAAAACUCCCCGCUGCCAUCUCUGAACCCACUGACGAUGCUGUGUGGAGAUACCUAAAUGACCAUAAAUCAGCAUUAGAGACCAUUCACAGUGACUUAGCUAAACACUUCUGUAGUGUAAAACACGAAGGAUCUGCUGUGAUCUUGAGACCCGUACCUUCAAUUCUUGGCCAAAAAGAUGCCAAAGCCAUCAUUAAAGAGUGGAAGAGUACCGUGGGGUUAGCCUUUGCACAAGCUAUGUCCAAAUUCAAAUCCCUGAAGUUUCAGCUGGAUUCAGAGGUAUUGGAAGAGUGUGUGGAGAAUAUCGGUCACAUGUUACAGAACAAGGAUGUGACUUUAGUGCAUGAUAAAGCCAGCGGCGUCUUGUCAGUGGUUGGCUUUGUGGAUGAGGUCAAUGAACUGGAGCAAAGUCUUCGUAAAACCAUCAACAAAAUUGAGGGAAAGGUGCAGAGGGAGAAAGCGACGAAGACUGAUGUCAUCAAAGUGUCACCAUCAAUAUUCCACCUCCUGUGUCAAGGUGGUCUUCAGGACAAAUUGCAACGUAUAUACCCAGAGCUCAAAAUGUCAUUCCCAGAAGACAGUCCAGAUUUGAUUGUAACUGGUUUAAGAGAUGAGAUUUUGGAAGCAGACAAAGUGAUUUGUGAAGCAAAAUAUUCAUUAAAACGAAUGAAUUUAGAAAUGGAUAAAUCUGUGCUGGACUUGCUGAGGUUUGAAGAGCAAGAUGAGCUUACAAAGGCCCUGCUGACAACUGAUGGAGUAAAUGCUGCAUUUGAGAUCAGUGAACAGAGAGUGGAGCUCCUUGGUUUAUCUGACAGAGAUCUGUCCAAAGCUGAAGAUCAUCUGAAAAAGCUUUUGAUGUCACAGAACAUCGGUGUAGAAGAUAGCAGUGUCCUGGAGACUCCGGCGUGGCAGGAUCUGGUCAGACAAUUACAAGAUGCCAACAGCAAGUCAUGCAGGAGACUCCAGGUCCUCUGCACUGGUAAACAAGUUGUUGUGAGUGGCCACAAGGGUGAUGUCAUGAAUGUCAGCGAUGACCUUGAGUACUUCUUAACGCAGAAUGCCAAAGUUGAAGAAAGUGUUGAUGUCAAGCCCAAUAACAUCAUUGAGUACAUUAAAAAAUGCAAAACAUCUUUUAUGGACCAAUUCAAAGACAAAGUGACGGUGUCUUUUAGAAACGAGGCCAUCUGUCUCAAUGGUUCCAGAGUUGAUGUCACACAUUGCAAGACCUUAGUUGAAAACUUGGUCCAGUCUUUGAGCUUUGAAAGUGUAAACAUCACCAAACCUGGGGUGAAGAAGUUCUUCCAGGAUAAAGAAACUAUGUACGUGACCUCAUUGUUAACCGACACUGGCUGCUUGGUCCAACUAGUUGAUGAGACAGGUGGUGGGCAGAAUGAUUUGGCCCAAAGUCCGGGACCAAAACCGGUAUAUCAGCUUCAGACAUCUGAUGGUGUCGAAAUAGCUGUUUGCAAGGCAGAUCUGUGCAGUUACCCAGUGGACGCAGUUGUCAAUUCUUCUAAUCAGAAGCUGCAACACAGCGGGGGUCUUGGCGCAGCACUGUUGAAUGCUGCUGGACCUCAGUUGCAGGUUGAAUGCGACAAAAUAAUUAAUCAGAGAGGGCCACUCAAGCCUGGAGACUGUGUCAUUACUGAUGCUGGAGGACGGCUUCGUUGCAAAAAAAUUAUCCAUGCAGUUGGACCCGUCUUUGAUCCAUCUGCACCCAAGAAGUCUCAGGCACAGUUGAAAAGAGCUGUUAAAGGAAGCCUGGAUCUUGCUGAAAGGCAUGGCUGCAUCACUGUGGCUCUGCCCACCAUCAGCAGAACCCAGGGCUUUGGUCUUGAUUUGUGUGCGCUGACAAUUAUCAAGGCAGUGAAGGAACACUGUGAUGAGAAGUAUGAUGAAAACACCCUGAAGGAGAUCCAUUUGGUGAACAAUGACGACGCUGCUGUUCAGGCUAUGGAGAGAGCUGUCAAAAGUGAAUUGGGAAAUGGUGGAGUCACUCUUCAAGCUGCGUCUCCACUUCUGACACAGGCUAGAUCUACCCAAUCUGACCCAAACUGCUUGGGUCAAGUGACAACCAUAGAGAGCUUGAAUAUCACUCUUACUCAAGGAAACAUCGAGGAUGCCACGACUGAGGUGAUUGUGAACACUGUGUCUGAAGAUCUUGAACUGAACAAAGGAGCAGUUUCAAAUGCAAUACUGCUAGCGGCCGGACCAGAACUUCAGCAGUUGAUAAAUGCCCAGAAGGCCAGAGGAAGUUUUGGUGAGGUCAUUGUGACGGACGGCUGCCGACUGAAGAGCAAGAAAGUCUUUCAUGCAAUUGCACCUUAUUGGGAAAAAGGACAAGGCGGAACUGAAAGGAUCUUGAGUGCCAUUUUCAAGGAUUGCUUGGACAAGGCAGAGGACACUGGCCUGACCUCCAUUGCUUUACCUGCUGUCGGCACUGGAAACCUUCAUUUUCCAAGAGACCUUGUUGCCUCUUUGAUGUUGAGUGAAAUCUCAGCGUUUACCAUGAAAAAACCUAAGCACCUGAAGGAGGUUGUCAUUGUCCUUUAUCCAGGCGAUGCAAAAACUAUCCAGGCCUUUAAGGAUGGAUUUGACAAGGAGUUCCCCAGUGCCUCAGGUGGUCCAGCACCCACAGGUUCCCCACAAAACACGGUGCAACAAUGUCCCUUCUCAAACGUUAUCUCAAGCUCAGGAAUGCAUGAGACCAAAAUGGGCGGCGUCACCAUUCAGGUGCUCACAGGAGUAAUAACCAUGGAGACCAGUGAGGUCAUUGUCAACUCCUCCAAUGACAGCUUCUCUCUCAAGUCAGGAGUAUCCAAGGCUAUUCUAGAAGCAGCUGGUCAGGCUGUUGAAGGAGAGUGCCAACGCCUUGGUGCACUGCCCAACCAGGACAUGAUAAUGACCGAUCCAGGUAACCUAAGUUGUAAGAAAAUCCUCCACGUGAUCGAACAGGACGACCCAGGAAAAAUCAGAGCGGUUGUUAAAAGUGCACUUGAGAUGUGUGUGAAAAACGCCUACGACUCUGUCUCAUUACCUGCCAUUGGCGCAGGUCAAGGCAAUGUCCAGGCAAGGCAGGUGGCAGAUGCCAUGUUUGACGCGGUGAUCGAUGUGUUGAGCCCAAACACUCAUGGCUCCCUGAAGACUAUUCGGAUUGUUAUUUUCCAAGCACCGAUGCUGAACGAGUUCCAGAUCAGUAUGCAACACAGAGCACAAAGCGCUGCCAGUAAACCCAGUGAUAAGGAUAGUGGGUGGUGGAAAAGAUUCAAAUCAUUCUUUGUGGGUGGAACUGAUGACAAGCCCCGUAAAGAAGAAAACUUUGUCAUCAAGCCAGUCGCCUGCGACCCGGCUUGCUUCCACAUCUGCGGAGACACACAGGCUAAAGUGGCCACGGCCAAGCAGUGGAUCAAUGAUCUGAUAACCAAAGAUCAAAGCACAAACACCCUAAAAGACACCGCCAUCCUCAGCUUUUCCGACGCGGACCACCAGCAGAUUAUUAACAUCCAGAAGACCGUGGGCGUGAGCAUCAUGAUCGAAGGAAAGAAGGAUCAAGUCGAAUUAACCAUUGAGGGAUUCAGCAAUGGCGUACUCAGAGCCACCGCAGAGAUUUAUACAAUGACGAAAAAGGUGAAGGAAGAUGAUGACCUGAUGAGGGACGUGGUGAUGGCAAGCAAAGUUGCAGACUGGCAGUACCAACAGCAAGGGCUCCAGUAUCAAAGCUUUGAUCCUUACACUAACUUCCACCUCGAGCAAGCAAUGCAAAAGAAGCUGAAAGAUGUAAAAGUCAACGUCCAAGGUCAAGACUACACCGUCACUCUGCCAAACGGACCGGCCACCAACAAAAAGGGAGACGCAUUGCAGAUAAGGAGAAUUGACAAACUGGGAGAUAAAGUACCUGCGGACUGGGAUCCUAUGCCCCCCAACACUACGUGUGUGGCUGUCCCCAUCCAUGAGGAAAGACCAGAGUACAAUGAAGUCCUGAAACUGUUCCAGGCCUCGUGCAAACAAACAGUCAUCAAGAUUGAGAGGAUCCAGAACCCUAUGUUGUGGAAGAGCAUACAGAUCAAGAAGCGUGACAUUGAGCAGCGAAACGGUCAUGCAAACAACGAGAAGCGUCUGUUCCACGGCACCACUGAGACCACAGUGAACAUUAUUAAUCAAAAUGGCUUCAACAGGGUUUACGCAGGAAAGAACGCUGCUGCUUUUGGCAACGGCACGUACUUUGCUGUCAAUGCCAACUACUCUGCCCAGGACACAUACUCCAAGCCGAAUCCGAAAGGGGAGAAGUGCAUGUACCUCUGCCAAGUGCUGACCGGGGAUUACGCGCUUGGACAACAAGGCAUGAUCGAACCACCAGUCAAGAGCAACAAGGCCCCUCAGUUGUACGACAGUGUUGUGGACAACAUGGCUAAUCCCAACAUGUUCAUCAUCUUCCAUGACGUCCAGGCUUAUCCUGAGUAUUUGAUAACAUUCCAGUAACGGCACGAUGUUCUGACAUAACAAAGACCAAAUGCCUCCACAUUUCAUACUGCUUUAAAAUCACAUAAAAAGUCUUUGUUUCACAUCAGCUGAAUAAUCGCAUUUGUUUUCCCAUCUACUUGAGGUAUUUGGUUAAAGAAGGCAUUUAGUAAUCAAGUAAUAAUCACAAGCGUCAAGAAUCAGAGCCACAUAUUGCCUUGAAAAUGAACCAUAUAUUAAUCACAUAACAAUGUCAAGAAAGGCGAAUGAUGGCUCACAGAUUUUAGUUUUUGCCUGGAUGUUAUUCUUUGUAUAAUCAAACCUAUAAUUGAGUGUUGAGGAUGAUGGACCUGCUCUCCUGAAGGAAAUCAUGGGAUACAAACUGGUUUUGGAAUUCAGAUUAGCGAUUACUUUUUAUUUUGAGAGGAUAAUGGAAGUUAACUGCUGUACCAAUAAACGCGGUGUGCAAUUAGAAGUUCAUAAGAGCACA